UUUUUGAUUAACAAUAGAUUCACAUACAUUAUACAUUAUAUUGCCAAAAGUAUUGGGACACCCCUCCAAAUCAUUGGAUUUCUGGUGUUUCAUUCACCUCCAUGGCCAAAGAUGUAUAAAAUCAAGCACCUAGGCAUGCAGACUGCUUCUACAAACAUUUUUGAAAUAAUGGGUCGCUCUCAGCAGCUCAGUGAAUUCAAGCAUGGUACCGUGAUAGGUUGCCACCUGUGCAAUAAGUCCAUCCCUGAAAUUUCCUUGAUACUAAAUAUUCCACAGUCAACUGUUAGUGGUAUUAUAACAAUGUGGAAGCAACUGGGAACAGCAGCAACUCAGCCAUGAAGUGGUAGGUCACGUAAAAUGACAGAGCAACUUGGGCCAACACAAUAUUGAACC